AUGGAGGCGCAGGGCCCGGGGAGACCUACCGACAGUAUGGAGGCGCAGGGCCCGGGGAGACCUACCUACAGUAUGGAGGCGCAGGGCCCUGGGUUCCCCGUCCUUGUGCUGUUGCCCCAGAAGCAGCUAAAAUUCAUUUUGAAGAUGAAGAAAUAUUUCUCUUCCAAGAACAAAUCAGGAGGAGAAGAAACCUGCGAGGUGACGGAGAUCGAUCCCUGUACCUACAAGGUGUGCUUCCAGGACCCGGAGGCUCAGGGCAGGGUGCUCAGGAGGACGGGCCAUGUGAUAGAAUCCAUCCCUGUGCAGGUGACAAUCUGGGAGGACGGACCCCACCACAGACACCAGCCCCCCUGGACCCCGCGGAGUGCAGACCUCUACAAAGAAGACAGGGCAGGAAAUAAUUACAGGGACCCGGGCCGUCCGGAGCUUCCAGAGGGUGAUGACGGAUCCAGCUCACACACGACUGACCACAAGACAGAUGAUGACGUCAGCAGCGCUGCCAGUGCAGAGGUUCGGGGCCCUCCCUUCCCAGAGAUAUUUUUGGAGACUUCUACAAUACUAAACACAGACGUGUUCCCUAAGGGGAUCUUGCAGGAAAUCACACAAACAUUUCCAUCCCUGAAGAUGAUGCCGUCUGAAUCCAGCGUUGAGGUCCGUGGAAGCUACAAGAUGAUAGGAAAGUUGUAUAACUUCCUCCAGAUGAAGCUUGGGGGUGCUGUAACACCUUCAGUCCAUGAUGAGGUGGACGGAGAAGAAGAUGGAGACGAGUGCUUGAAUCUUCAAACAGCUUUAUAUGAAUACUUUGCUGAAAUUUACCGAGAGGAGGUGGCAAUGAUAGAGAAUCGGUUUAACGUGAAGGUGACAGAAGUGAGAAGGUCCAAGGACGCCACAUACAUCAAACUGAAGCCUCUUGGGCCAAAUGCCUCAGUGGUAAAAGCAAAGCAAAUCUUUAUCAAUAAGGUGCAGGCUGUAGCCAAGGACUGGAGUCAGAAGGAAGCACCAAUAUCUGCCAUGAAAGCUUCACUAGAAGACACCAAACAGUACAUGAAGGAACAUCACAAGACCUUGAUCAUAGUGGACGGAGGUCGCAUAAUUCUCCAAGGACCUGAACGGGAAUUAGUCUUGGCGGUUCAGGCUUUACAGACGGAAAAGAGCAGACCGCCCCGUAGAGUCAUAACCAUCUCGUCCAAAGACACAAAGAGCGAGGUGUUAGUAGACGUCAGGCACAUGGACAUCUUGAAGAAAUUAAAGUCCAGAGAGAUUGAGGAGCUCCAGCAGAAGUACCGUGUGCGGAUGGACGAAGAAGGUAAAGACAGGAAUGUGAGUGUCACAUUCACAGCCAUGAGCGGAGCCCCGGAUCUGGGUGCACAUGCCUGUCACAGCUUCACCAGCCUCCUGCAGAGCACCAUCAUGAACCUUCAGAGAAAAACCAUCAAUGGGACUCUGGGAAUUGGAGAAGAAGCGCUCGCCCAGUUCAGCUCGAGGCUGAGGAAGGGAGGAGUAGACGUUAUUCUGGAGCAUGAGAAGGGCUCGAUCACCCUGAUCGCUCCUCCAAUCCUUCUGGACUUUGCUGAAGAGAAGCUCCGGGAGAUCUUCCAUAUACAAACUGCUGCCUCUGGAGGCGACACUGAGGAGGCCAUGGACACUACUAAUCCUCCUGACAGAAAGACGAGUGCGGAGGAGGAGGAGGAGGAGAAGUGCCCAAUCUGCCUGGACCAGAUGAAGAACAAGAAAGUUCUGAAGAAAUGUAAACAUGAAUUCUGCGCUGAUUGUCUCCAGCAAUGGGUGAAGCCAGUCUGCCCGGUGUGCUCUGUCCCAUAUGGUGUUGUCAUAGGGAACCAGCCUGCGGGGACUAUGACAGAUACAACCUCAUCCGAGAGUCUCCCCGGAUAUCCUGGAUGUGGAAGCAUCACAAUUCACUAUAACAUCCCAGGCGGUAUUCAGCAGAACGACCACCCUAACCCUGGGAAGAGGUUCGAUGGCACUCAACGCAGUGCGUACUUACCAAAUAACGCGGAGGGCAAGGAGGUUCUGGAUCUGCUGAAGAAAGCCUUCAAUCAGAAGCUGAUCUUCACCGUGGGAGACUCCCGCACCACAAGCGCCACAGACUGCGUGACCUGGAAUGAUAUCCACCAUAAAACCAGAAAAACCGGGGGCUCAGCCGAGUUUGGAUACCCGGAUCCUGAGUAUCUGAAGCGCGUCCGCGAUGAGCUGAAAGCCAAAGGAGUCGAGUGAAAGGAUUUAUUGUACUUUAUAUAGGGGAAUCGGAUCUAUAUGGGGUCUCUCUGGGUGAUUCACUAUACAUUAUAUAGGGGACUCGGAUCUUUAUGGGGUCUCUCUGGGUGAUUCACUAUACAUUAUAUAGAGGAAUCGGAUCUAUAUGGGGUCUCUCUGGGUGAUUCACUAUACAUUAUAUAGGGGACUCGGAUCUAUAUGGGGUCUCUCUGGGUGAUUCACUAUACAUUAUAUAGGGGACUCGGAUCUAUAUGGGGUCUCUCUGGGUGAUUCACUAUACAUUAUAUAGGGGACUCGGAUCUAUAUGGGGUCUCUCUGGGUGAUUCACUAUACAUUAUAUAGGGGACUCGGAUCUAUAUGGGGUCUCUCUGGGUGAUUCACUAUACAUUAUAUAGGGGACUCGGAUCUAUAUGGGGUCUCUCUGGGUGAUUCACUAUACAUUAUAUAGGGGACUCGGAUCUAUAUGGGGUCUCUCUGGGUGAUUCACUAUACAUUAUAUAAGGGACUUGGAUCUAUAUGGGGUCUCUCUGGGUGAUUCACUAUACAUUAUAUAAGGGACUCAGAUCUUUAUGGGGUCUCUCUGAAUUCUGUGAUUGGCUUAGAUGUCCUGAGAACAAAUAAAGUGGCGCCAGCCCCCCGGACUCUG